AUGUCUGAGGAUGAUCCAUUAUUAAUUAAUCAUAUUUUGUGGACUGAUGAAAGUAAAUUUACUAAUAAUGGAAUAUUAAAUAAGCAAAAUAAUCUUUAUUGGUCGAAUGAAAAUCCUCACUGUACUGUUCCUACAAACUUCCAAACAUGUUGGGGUACAAAUGUUGGUUUGAUUGGUGAUGUAUGUAGAAACAUUUAUUAUCAGCAGGACGGGGCACCUGCUCAUAAUGCCCGAAUUGUCCAAGAAUUGUUGAGAGUAAGAUUUGGCGAAAAAUUUAUUGCAACACACGGGCCAGUAGAGUGGCCCCCAAGGUCACCAGAUCUAACACCAUUAGAUUUUUUUUUGUGGGGACACUUGAAAAAUGUUGUGUAUACUGAUCCUCCAAUCAACAUACAAGAUUUAAAGAAUAAAAUUACACACGCAUGUUACCUCCUAAACGAAAACUAA